AGACCCACCCCCAGCCCCCUCCCCCUCGCCGUCUCCCGAAGCAUCCCCUCCCAAGUCCCAAAACCCUCGCCGCAGCCGCGCAGCCGAAACCCUCCUCGCCGCGGCCCCGGGACUAGCCCAUGGCGGCCUCGCUGCUUCUCCGCGCCGUGCGCCGCCGGGAGCUCGCGUCCCCUCUCGGAUCCCUAAGCGCCAGCUUACAGUCAACAUGUGCUGCCAAUGUAUGCUCAAAAUGGGGUAGUUUUGCAAGACCUUUCAGUGCAAAAGCAGCUGGAAAUGAGGUCAUUGGAAUCGAUUUGGGAACAACUAACUCGUGUGUUUCUGUUAUGGAGGGGAAGAACCCAAAAGUUAUUGAGAAUGCUGAAGGUGCGAGAACAACACCAUCUGUUGUCGCCUUUAGUCAAAAAGGUGAGCGGCUUGUUGGAACUCCAGCCAAGCGUCAGGCAGUAACCAACCCCCAGAAUACUUUCUUUGGAACAAAGCGGUUGAUUGGGCGCCGCUUUGAUGAUCCACAGACACAGAAAGAGAUGAAGAUGGUGCCAUACAAAAUUGUGAAGGCUCCAAAUGGUGAUGCUUGGGUUGAAACAACUGAUGGCAAACAGUACUCACCAAGUCAGAUUGGUGCAUUUGUGUUGACCAAGAUGAAGGAGACAGCUGAAUCUUACCUUAACAAAUCUGUCUCGAAGGCAGUGAUUACUGUUCCAGCGUAUUUCAAUGACGCUCAGCGUCAGGCCACAAAGGAUGCAGGCCGCAUUGCUGGCCUAGAUGUUGAAAGGAUCAUCAAUGAACCGACAGCAGCUGCUCUGUCUUACGGAAUGAACAACAAGGAGGGUUUGAUAGCAGUCUUUGAUCUUGGAGGAGGAACCUUUGAUAUCUCUAUUCUCGAGAUUUCAAAUGGAGUUUUUGAGGUCAAAGCAACAAACGGUGAUACUUUCUUGGGUGGCGAAGAUUUUGAUAACACACUAUUGGAGUUCUUAGUGAGUGAUUUCAAGAGAACCGAGGGCAUUGAUCUGUCUAAGGAUAGAUUGGCCCUGCAGAGGCUUCGUGAAGCUGCUGAGAAGGCAAAGGUUGAACUUUCAUCGACUGCUCAGACUGAAAUCAAUCUACCAUUCAUAACAGCUGAUGCUUCAGGAGCAAAGCAUUUGAAUAUCACACUGACAAGGUCAAAGCUUGAAACUCUUGUGCACCAUCUGAUUGAGAGGACUAGAGAUCCAUGCAAGAACUGCUUGAAGGAUGCUGGAAUAUCUACUAAGGAGGUGGAUGAAGUACUUCUUGUUGGUGGAAUGACUAGGGUUCCAAAAGUACAGGAGGUAGUCUCUGAAAUUUUUGGAAAGAGCCCAAGCAAAGGAGUCAACCCAGAUGAAGCUGUGGCCAUGGGUGCUGCCAUUCAGGGCGGCAUCCUCCGUGGAGAUGUGAAGGAGCUUCUUCUCCUUGAUGUUACUCCCCUGUCACUUGGUAUUGAGACGCUCGGUGGUAUUUUCACCAGAUUGAUCAACAGGAACACUACAAUUCCCACCAAGAAAAGCCAGGUGUUCUCAACUGCUGCUGACAAUCAGACCCAAGUAGGUAUCCGUGUGUUGCAAGGUGAGCGUGAAAUGGCUACAGACAACAAGCUUCUUGGUGAAUUUGAUCUCGUGGGCAUUCCACCUGCCCCAAGAGGAAUGCCUCAGAUUGAGGUCACAUUCGACAUCGAUGCCAAUGGUAUUGUGACUGUCUCUGCGAAAGAUAAGGCCACCGGAAAGGAGCAGAACAUUACCAUCCGAUCCUCUGGUGGGCUAUCUGAAGCUGAUAUCCAGAAGAUGGUCCAAGAAGCUGAGCUUCAUGCCCAGAAGGAUCAGGAGCGGAAAGCGCUCAUUGACAUCAGGAACAAUGCAGACACCACUAUCUACAGCAUCGAAAAGAGUUUGGGUGAGUACAGGGACAAGAUCCCGGCAGAGGUUGCAUCUGAGAUCGAGGCAACCAUUGCUGACCUCCGCCAGGAGAUGGCCUCAGACGACAUUGAGAAGAUAAAGGCCAAACUUGAGGCCGCGAACAAGGCUGUCUCAAAGAUCGGGCAACACAUGUCUGGCGGCGGCUCAGGUGGUUCUCAGUCGGGGUCAGGACCUCAGGGUGGCGGCGACCAGGCUCCGGAGGCCGAGUACGAGGAGGUGAAGAAGUGAGUCUGCAGAAGACGGAAUGGUAGAGGUCGGAUUUAGAACUAGCUACUCUUUUUUUUAGAACACAGUCAGAUGAGAUGUAACCUGUGCUGUAAUAAGCUUCGGAUUUGCCCCCCUCCUGUUUUCUCCUUUCGGUGAUGUGAAGUCACCCAACAUUCUCAAGUAGGUCAUGGCUUGGUUGCAUAUGAUGCCUUGUUUGGGCCUUGUUGCACGAACGCUUGCACCGAUGGGAUUUUUCCAUUGGCUGGUUUUGCUAAUGCACGAAGGUAUAUUGUUUCA